ACCUGCGUAGCCGUUCUGUCUUGUCUCUGUUUUCAAUUCAUGCAGCAUCAUCGAUAACCAAAACCGGUGGUGAUCGUGCUGGUUAGGUUAAGUUAGGUCAAAAGUCAUUAGCCCGGAUUUCGCGCGGUUUGCCGUGACAGUUCGAAGAAUAAGGGAAAUUGCUGAAUACCGACAUUUUCUUUCUUCGUCAUGGACGAAUUGGCGCAACAUUUAGGAAAGAUACGGAUACCGCGACCCGGUGACAAGAUAUAUAAGGACGAGUGUGUUUACUCCUUCGACACGCCAGACACGCCCACCGGUCUCUACAUUAGUCUUACUACUUUUAUCGGCUUGAGCCAGGAUCACGUUCUACGAUAUCACCAGCAAACUGGCAAUCCUAUCUUUCUUCAUAUAAAACGUAUAAAGAAAGAGAUUCCAUCUGCACAGCAAGGAGAUGGUCCUGAAAAAAAGAUCACUAGGCUUGCCAUCGGAACAGCUGGUGGAUUUACACCCGACCAACAGAAGUAUACUUAUCAUGACACUUAUCAGAUAGUUAUCCUACCAAACUUCACGAGUAUUGCAUAUCCAGCCAAUGAUUUACCUGAACAGCUGGUAUUUGCAGUCAAAGCUAUACUAGAGGCAGAAUCCGCAUCAAAGUUGGCAGAAGUGGAGGCCUUAGCUGGCACGUGGGAUGGUGAAAUCAAAGUAGUUUCAAAGCAUGCUGCAAACUUGAAGCAACUGGACAAUGGAAAGAAAAUCCCGCCAAGUGGCUGGAAGUGCGAGAAAUGCGAGCUCACGCAGAAUCUCUGGCUUAAUCUGACCGACGGAAGUGUGCUUUGCGGCCGGAAAUUCUUCGAUGGAACCGGCGGCAACGACCACGCGGUGGAACACUAUCGGACGACCAAUUAUCCUCUGGCCGUGAAGCUGGGCACGAUCACGAAGGAAGGAAAGGGCGAUGUGUUUUCUUACGACGAGGACGACAUGGUGGAAGAUCCGAACUUGGCAGUGCAUCUGUCGCAUUGGGGCAUCAAUGUAGCGCAGAUGGAGAAGACUGACAAGUCAAUGAUCGAGCUGGAACUCGAUCUAAAUCAAAAGUUCGGCGAGUGGGUUGCUCUUCAAGAGACGGCCAGCAAGCUCACGCCGAUGUACGGUCCUGGAUACACCGGCUUGGCCAAUCUUGGGAACUCCUGCUAUCUGAACAGUGUCAUACAAAUGCUGUUCAUUAUCCCUGAUUUCAUUAAAAGAUUUGUGAAUGGAGCACCGAGAAUAUAUGAGCGGAAUUACAAUGAUCCGGCAAACGAUUUUAACAUUCAAAUGGCGAAACUGGGCACCGGCUUGCUCUCCGGCAAGUAUUCGGAAGAGCCGACCAAAUCCGGUGGCGCAGAGAACGAUGAGUCGCGGCAAGGUAUUCCCCCGCGGAUGUUUAAGGUCCUGGCCGGUCGCGGUCAUGCCGGCUUCUCCUCAAAUCGGCAACAGGAUGCACAGGAAUUCCUCCUUCACUUAAUUGACAUACUCGAUCGUCACAGUCGGCACGAGGUAAACCCUAUGGAUUGUUUUAAAUUUAGAGUGGAGGAGAGAUAUCAAUGUGGCAAAUCGAAAAAAGUCAAAUACACCUACCGACCAGAAUAUAUCCUGCCACUGCCGAUACCAUUGGAAGCCGCGGUGAAUAAGGACGAAGUGGCCGCAUACGAGAACCUGAAGAAGGAAGCCGAAGCGAAAGGGCAGAAGCUAGAUUCCAACGCUCUCGUGAGACCGCGUUUGAAGCUGUCCUCGUGCCUGGAAACGUUUAUUCGUUCAGAAACUGUGGAGCAGUUUUACAGCUCGGCAUUGAACGGCAGAACGACGGCGUACAAAACCACAAGACUGGAUAGCUUCCCGGAUUACUUGCUGAUACACUUGAGAAAAUACACAGUGCAAGAGGAUUGGACUCCCAUCAAGUUGGACGUGGCGGUGGAGAUGCCGGAUACGUUGGACCUGAGCUACUUACGCGGCACCGGUUUGCAACCCAGCGAAGAAUUACUGCCAGAGACCGCUGGCGCAGAACCACCACCUCCUGUCUACGACACGGCUAUACUGAAUGAAUUGGCGGAAAUGGGUUUUCCGCCGGAGGCGUGCAAGCGGGCGCUAUAUUUCACGGAAAACCGGGGUCUGAGAGAAGCAACCAAUUGGGUGAUGGAACAUAUCGCGGACUCCGAUAUCGCCGAACCCUUCGUGCCACCGGGAGUCGACGUUAAGCCGGGCAAAGCUGAUUUUGUAGCGAAUGAGGAGGCCUUAACGAUGGUCAUGGGCAUGGGCUUCACGCAAGAUCAAGCGAUGAAGGCGCUCAGAGCGACCGAUAACAAUUUGGAACGUGCGGUCGAGUGGAUUUUCAGUCAUCAGACCGAGCUCGAUGCUCAGGAGUCGGAAGGCGAUGGUGCGCAAGCGAAGGAACUAUUCAGAGACGGGAAUCCUCGAUACAAACUGGUGGGUUUUAUAUCUCAUAUGGGCACGUCAACAAUGGUAGGCCAUUACGUUUGUCACUUGCUGAAGGAGGACCGAUGGGUGAUAUAUAAUGAUGAUAAAGUCGCCUUAUCGGAAAAUCCGCCGAAAGAAUUGGGAUACCUGUACUUGUACCAACGGACCGAUUAGUAAAACUGCUGUUUUGUAUAAAGAUGUAUUGCUUUUUAACAAUAAAAAAUAAUGCGAAUCGAA